UUAUACACGUAAUAAUAAAAUUUAACUUUAAAUCAUCGACGAAUUAGUGUUAAAUAUUAACUACUAGUUACCUAUCAUAUUCUUAAAGAUGAUUGUUUUAUUUUCUGUUCUACUUUAUUUUCAAUCAAGUUACGGGUAUUUUGUAAACAUAGAUGCCCAUGGGGAGGAAUGUUUUCAUGAUAGAGUUAGUCCAGGAACUAGAAUGUCACUAAUGUUUGAAGUAGCUGAUGGUGGAUUUUUAGAUAUCGAUGUCAAGGUUGUUGGACCUGAUCAAAGGGUAAUAUAUCAAGGUGAGCGUGAAACUAGUGGUAAAUACACUUUUGCAGCGCAUGUUGAAGGAAUUUAUAACUACUGUUUUAGCAAUAAGAUGUCUACCAUGACACCUAAAAUAGUAAAAUUCAGCAUGGAAAUUGGAGAACCUCCUAAAGAUAAUUCCAAAGAAGAUGCUGAACAUCACGACAAAUUAAAUGACAUGAUUCAACAACUCACAGUGUCAUUAGCUGGUGUAAAACAUGAACAAGAGUAUAUGGAAGUUCGUGAUCGAGUACAUAGAGCAAUAAACGACAGUACAAACAGCCGCGUUGUAUGGUGGGCAUUCUUUGAGAGUUUAAUUUUAGUAUGUAUGACCCUUGGACAAGUUUACUAUUUAAAAAAGUUUUUUGAAGUUAGACGCGUCAUCUAAA